AUGUCUUCGAAAUUUUGGGCCGAGUUAUCUAAUGAUUAUGAAAAGCUUUUUGAAACAGAAAUAGGAUAUGAUGUUAUUAUUUAUGCUGGAGAAGAAUCAAAUAUUAAAGAGAUUCAUGCUCAUUCAAAUAUUUUAUGCAUCAGGUCAAUAUAUUUUCGUACGGCGUUUUCUAAUGAAUGGGCUGAAAAAAAAGAUGGAAAAUUUAUUUUGAGAAAACCAAACAUUUCCCCCAACUUUCUUAAUAUAAUCCUUAGGUUUAUUUAUUGUGGAAAUAUUGAAUUGGAGAAUUUACAGGGACCGGAUGUGCUAAAACUUUUAGUGGCAGUGGAUGAACUUAAUAUUCAAUCAUUAAUUUCUCAUAUUCAAGAAUAUUUAAUUGAACAUCAAACUGAAUUUUUACAUCAAAAUCCAACUGGUAUUCUUGAGACCGUUUAUCAACAUGAAACGUUUACAGAUUUAUGGGAAUUUUAUCUUGAAAAAAUUUGUAAAGAACCAAAGAUUUUAUUAGAAUCUGAUGAAUUUAUUAAUUUAAAAGCUUCUUUAUUGGAAUUAUUGUUAAAAAGUGAUGAUUUAAAUGCGGAUGAGAUUGAAAUUUGGGAGAGUUUAUUGAAAUGGUGUUUUGCACAAUUAAGUAUGAAUAAUGACCCUAAAAAAUGGAAUAAAGAAGAUAUUACAAAAAUUAAGGGUUCGUUAAGUAGAUUUAUCUCUCUUAUUAGAUUCUAUAAUAUCAAACCUGAAGAUUUCUUUUAUAAAGUUUAUUGUUAUAAAGAUAUUUUACCACAGGAUUUAAUUAAUGAUCUUUUGGAAUUUCACAUAGUUCCUAAUAUGAAACCUAAGACUAAUAAUAUAACACCAUUAAGAAAGUCAAGUUUAAGUUUUAAACUUGAUUCAAGAUUGAUUGAUUCAGAAUAUAUUCCACUUUUUGCUUCAUGGAUUGAUAAAAAGGAUUCUUCAAAUUAUGAUAAAAAAAUGAUUCCUUAUGAAUUUAAAUUAUUAUAUCGUUCAGGUCAGAAUGGAUUUAAUGCUACAUCAUUUCAUAGAAAUUGUGACAAUAAAGGAGCUACUAUUUGGGUAGCAAAAAUUCAAGGUUCAACACAAUUAAUUGGAGGUUAUAACCCACUUGAUUGGAACGGAAAUUGUGGUUGGAAAAGUACUGCGGAUAGUUUUCUAUUUAAUUUUACAGAUAUGAAAAAUACUUCUACUGCAAAAUUAGGUUAUGUCAAUAUUAAAGAUUGCGCUGUUUCUUGUUAUAAUGAUCGAGGACCUAGUAUGGGUAAUUUAGUUUGCCUUAAUUCCAAUAAGUGGACUUAUCUUAGUGGAACUCACUAUCCUAAUAUAGAUAUUAUUUCAGGAAAUUUUACUAUAGAAGAUUUUGAAAUAUUUCAAGUAAUUAGAAAAUGA